AUUUGUCAUGUACUUCUAUAGAUUGAUGGUAAAUCUACCAGAUAGUCCAAAUAGAGCGAAGAUACUGAAAGUUAUCCUGGCAAAAGAGGACUUGUCUACUGAUGUUGAUUUUGAUGCAAUUGCAAAUAUGACAGAUGGGUAUUCUGGAAGUGAUCUGAAGAAUCUUUGUGUAACUGCAGCACAUCGCCCAAUCAAAGAAAUAUUGGAAAAGGAAAAGCGAGAACGUACUGCUGCUCUAGCAGAAGGUAAACCUCCUCCAGCUUUGAGUGGGAGUGCUGAUAUCCGGGCUCUAAAUAUGCAUGACUUUAGAUAUGCUCAUGAGCGGGUUUGCGCCAGUGUCUCAUCCGAAUCAGUGAAUAUGACUGAGCUCUUACAAUGGAAUGAACUAUACGGGGAAGGUGGGUCUAGAAGGAAGAAGGCCCUCAGUUACUUCAUGUGAAAGGUUCUUUGUACAAAAGGUUCUUUUUCUUUAGGUCUCUGCCGCUUUCUCUUAAAGUCAGGUGCAAGUAAAUUUGGCACUUUUGCUUGGGAUUGUGGGUGGUGGAGUCAUUUUGUCUGUAAAAUGAGGUCAAUAGGUUUAUUGUAUGGUAAAGUUUUGGGGAUGGUUCUCAUAAAAGGAGUGAAGCCUUGCAAUGUUGGGGCUUUGGUUCACUGCCUUUUCGUUUUGUUUCCCCAUCUCUUCUUGUUGAGCAUCUUGGUUGUGUAAGUGAUUUGUCCGUUGUCAUCCCAUAAAGAAAGAAGCCAAAUGAAAACGAAAAGAAAAAUCCAAGAUCCUGUGAAUAUACCUAUAGUGAUUUUUUAUGGUCUUGAAUCAAUAAGCAAGUUUCACCCUUGAAAGUGAUUUGAAUUUGAUUUCAUGACCGAGUUGAUUGGAGAAAAUAAUAAUUCAAUUGUGAACAGUAGUGAAACUUUAAUUGAACAAUCGUACAUUUAAUGGUAUUUUACAAGGAAGAUCAUGGAGUAGAAAUGCAAGAGCAGUGGCGCAGUGACUUGGGAAGCAUCAAAUUACAGAACUUCCAUACUUGUUUCCAUAAUAUCUCUUCUCAUCACAGGCACAUAGAUAUACUCACAGAUAGUGUGUAUAUGUAUAAUAGCUACGCCAGUUAAUUUAUAGCCUCACGAAGGUGCAGAAUGCAUAUCAGAUGAUGAGUGUGAGGGAGAAUUAUUGGAUUGAGUGUUGGUUACUUGGAUGGAGAUGGAGAUGGGAAAAUCCUGGUGGCAGAGCUGGUUACAGGAGUGCGUUCAGUUGGAGGAGAGCUGGUGAUGAAGGGAGCAGAAAUGGCAGGGUAUUUGGAUUCAGACGGAGGUGGGUUGGAGGAUUUGGAAGAUGUUGGAUUAACGGAAGCAGUUGGGAAA